AGCGGUUCCCUCCACAACUUACCUUUCAAGCCUUCCCGUUCAUCUCGCUGAGAGAAGAGCUCCAGACUUCCUAGUGAUGGACCCCAACUGUAACUGCGCCAACGGUGGCUCCUGCACCUGCGGGGACUCCUGCAAAUGCAAAUCGUGCUCCUGUACCUCUUGUAAGAAAAGCUGCUGCUCCUGCUGUCCAGUGGGAUGUGCCAAGUGUGCCCAGGGCUGUGUCUGCAAAGCCCCCCAGACUGAGAGUUGCAGCUGCUGCCACUGAUGCUCCCACCUCCUUAUGCCUGUAGAUAGAAGAAGCUUGUCUGUUUUCAUGCUCCAUGAAUGUUUUUCUACUUUUUUCCUCUGAAAUGUGUAAAUGAAAAUAAACUUAUCUGAUAACCUUUCUAUAUAUAUAUAUA